GCCACUGAGCAGAAAUUAUGUCUUCUUUAACCAACACAAAGACAGGCUUUUCAGUAAAGGACAUUUUAGACUUGCCUGAUACCAAUGAUGAAGAAGGAUCCAUUGCUGAAGGGGCGGAUGAAGACACAGAGGGGACGGAGCCCCCCAAGAAAUCUGGAGGGUUAGGACAGAGUACCAUAGACGCUGUGCAAGGACUGCCUUUGAAAAACCCCUUCUAUGACAAUAGCGAUAAUCCUUACACACGGUGGCUGGCUACUACCGAGAGUAUACAGUAUUCCUUACACGGGUUUGCAUCUAGCAACUCCCAGCAGGACUCCUCGCCCAAAUCCCCUGAACCUUCUGCCGAUGAAUCCCCAGACAACGACAAGGAGACUUCAAGCAGUGCAGACUCUGGGAAGAAGAGGAAGAGACGGGUGCUGUUCUCCAAGGCUCAGACUUAUGAACUGGAGAGGAGGUUUAGGCAGCAGAGGUACCUUUCAGCACCAGAGAGAGAGCACCUGGCCAGCCUGAUCCGGCUCACCCCCACCCAGGUGAAGAUCUGGUUCCAGAACCACAGGUACAAGAUGAAGAGGGCUCGGGCAGAGAAAGGUAUGGAAGUCACUCCUCUCCCCUCCCCUAGACGGGUGGCAGUUCCAGUCUUAGUAAGAGAUGGUAAACCAUGCCACACGCUCAAAGCUCAGGACUUAGCAGCCACUUUCCCCGCUGGCAUCCCUUUCUCAGCAUAUAGUGCCCAGUCAUUACAGCAUAUGCAAUAUAAUGCCCACUACAGCUCUGCCAGUAAUCCCCAAUACGCAACAGCCCAUCAUUUGGUGCCCCAACAGUGGACUUGGUGAACUUUUCUAUAUACAGACUGAUGUGCUCCAAAAAAAGCCCUGAAAAAGACUGUUGGGCACAAAUAAGAAAAAAAACACUAUUAUUAUAACUAUAAUUAUUAUUGAUCAUGUUUUUAUUUUUGAUGUUUUUGUUUUUCUUAUGGAGGUCAAUCCAUUCUCCAAAUCCUAUCUUUCUGGUAUCUUGUGAACCAUGUUUACAAAACUGACCCAUGACAGUGAAUCUGCCUACCUACAACGCCAAGAGGAAUCAUUUGUUCUGCUUUUGUGACUAUAAUUUUUUUAUUAUUAUUAUUAUUUUUGUAAAGUAUGUUUGUGUGCUGUAGAGAUGUUGUAAGUUGUCUAUAAAACCAGUGGAAUCACUUAAAAAAUAGAGAAUUUUAUUUCCUUCUUUUAUAUGAAACUUUAAAUAUUUAUGCCCAUGUAAAAAA